GAAACCUUUCGUCUCUACAAUUCUAGAUUUCUACACACGUGGUCAAAGAUGCUUCACAACUCUGGUGAACUCUGCUAUCUUGGGAUGUCCAAAGCAAAACUCUGUGUCCUUUUGGGCUGCUUCUUCUUGUCUUCAGCGCUUGUUGGAGCACAAAGUUCCAAAACUCAUCCAGAUGAAGGUAGCCCUUUUUGUGUCUUGAUUCAAUAGUAGAGGCCACAAGCUUCUACCAUUUGCCCUCUCGCAGUUUUACUUUCAAAGAAUGCCUAAGAGUUUACAUAAAUUGUGCCUUGAGAACAGGACUAUAUAUGUUUAAGUACUUUUUGAGAUAUGGGAUGCAUACUUGUAAAUACUACUGAACAUAUAUGGUUUCCUUGGCUCUAUUCCUUUUGAAACUGUGAAUAAUGCUUCUCAUUCCAA